GUCUCCUUUGUUUUUCCUCUUUUGCAGUCCCACUACCUCUCUCUAUUGGCUCUUCCCUCACCUCUGGCAGCUAGCUUUAAGCUCGGUAGGUGAGCAAGUGGAGCAGCAGCUGGAGCUGAUAGAGAGUGAUCCUCCAUGGGAAACGCCCUCAGGUGCUUCGGGGGAGAAGACGACCAUCACGGGGGCGGUGGCCACUACCCCUACUACCAGCCGCAGUACUACAGCCAUGAUCCGACGGCCGCUGUUCCUCGGCCUCAUCAGCAGGCUCUAGGCCGCCAUGGCGUCUCGCCGGCCACCGUUGGCGGCGGUGCCCUGAGGCAGCAGGCUGCUGGUCCAAACAUUGGACACCUGCAGUGGAGCAAUGGAGUACUUGCCAACGGAGUGGCGGCUUCUCAGUAUCAAAACAACACCGAGGACAUCGACGAGUCGUCCGCCGAAGGUCUGCGCGACGCCAAGAGCUACGCCAAGGCCAACCCGAUGCUGAUCCAGGUCCCGGUGUUAGGAACAAGGAGGAAAUUCUGGCGAUUAUCCGACAACGCGACCAGGAUCAGCAGGAAGCUCGCGUUGAUACUGAGGAGCCAGCACUCGGUUGGCAAGUUCCUCUCCGCUCCCCUGCAGGUGUCCAACGUCUGGAUCGGGAGCACCGGGACUGUCAAGCUAAGGGGGGUCAGUUUCAAUGGUGAAGGUUUCAGCAUUGAGCGUGUGAGAGACGACUACAAGAACCUGUCCAAGGUCCUGCAGGCGUUGAUCAGAAUCUCCGGUGGGAAUGUCGCCAAGCUGCCUCCGGACUACAGUGGAUUCCUCGCACUCUUGGGGGAUGACAACCUUAGGAUGAAAGAUGAGUUCUUGAUUGUGAACAAUGCCGCGCUGCUGCCCAUGAAAAACCGCACCGAGGUCUUCCUGAUGCUACACGAAAGGAUUGUCAAGUACCUUGGUCGUACAAACAAGGCAAAGAAGAAGAGUAUACUCUCUAAGCUCCCCUACGAGAAUGACUGGUUGGAUACUGCCAGGGCAAAUGCACAGAUCAACCAGUGGGUUGUCAAUGCUCAAAACGAGUACAAAAAGACUCAGUCCGAUCUACUGCGGCUCAACAGAAAUGUAAGAAGCCACCUGCAUGAGUACAACGAUGACGACAUUGAGGAAAUCCUGUAUUGCGAAUGGCCCGAGCUGCUCGCGGUCAUGGUGAAGAUGUUACACUUGGAAGGAGAGCUCGAAGUCACUGACAUUCAAAACAAGUUCGGCUAGUCGUCCUACUGCAAAACAGAUGCAUUCUGCAUUUCCUGCUAUUGUUAAGCUACUUUUCUUCUAUCUUCAGUGCCUAGGUUUAUGGUGGAGACGUGAAGUGAUAUGCUACCUGGAUUAUGCUCUCUCAACUUGAAGGAGAAGCUGGGUCAGCUUUAUAAAACUAUGCUGAAAAUUAUUGCCUUAAAUCUCAGAACUAUGGUGUAAAAUCUACUUAUUGUUGUCAGUACGUAUCAACAGUUAAGUAUCCACAACAAGAAUGAUAUGAUAUUUUGGUCA